UAAAAACCAAUUACAAACAAAAAAUUCAAAAAACUUUUUUUAUAUAUAUAUUUGCAUAGAUUAUAUAUAUUAUUAAUGUUGUAAAUACAAAUCUGUAUAUAUAUAGAAAGGGUGGUCCUAAAGAGGUAGGCAUUUUUCAGAGGUCUUAAGAAGGUAACAAAUACAAGAAAAUGUGUGUGUGUGUGUAUGUGUGUGCGUGCGUGCGUGCGUGCGUGUGCUUAAAGGGGCGGGAAAAAGCAGGCGGAUGAGUGACAGGCUCAUUUGCAUGGCAGGCCCUUGAAAAAGGGCUCUGCAGGUGCACCACUCUCCUCACUCUCACAGACAUACAGACACACAUACACCAUCCGGAACAUUCUUGGCUCCUUCUUCGUUUUGUUUUUCCCCAACAGGACCGGACCGCUUGUUUUGUAUUUUUAUUUUUAUUUUGUUUAGAAUAAUGUGAAGAUGUUUUCUAUGAUCCGUUCGCAAAGGAAUUUCUCUCCAAGGGAUCAUCCCAUAUGGAAACACUUUGACAUGGAGACGUUUCCAGCGAACAACUACUGAAACCGUGCGGUGAUGUCAUCGCUGAUCUUCGUGCAGCUCCUUCUUCUAAGCCUGAGGGCCACCCACAUGACCUCUGACCUGAGGGCACAAUGUCCAGAUGUGGCUCCUCUGGACCUCCUGUCUCUUGUCCUUGAGAAGGACACCUCCAGACUCCUGCCAGGGGUGCACGUGAGAGCCUCCGGAGGUGUGAAGGGCGUACAAUUUUCCAGGCCUCAGGCUUCCUCUCACUUGCUGCUCAACUGCCAGCUUUUCCCCAAAGACUUUUCCAUCGUUGUGACGCUAAAAUUCGCUCGCUUCGCACACGAGAAGAGCGAGUACAUCUUUUCCUUGGUAGAGCCGAAAAGAGCAGAGCAAGGAUCCGAAGAGAAGGAGGACGAAAAGGGAAACAUUUUGCAAAAGACUACCGAUACGGACGUCACCAGAGAAGAACGUCGGCGUCUCGUCUUAGGACUGCGGCUCUCAAGGAACCGACUUUACCUGCACUUUAGAGGUCAACGAGGGGUCAUAGAGCAGUCGGCGUCCCGGGGCACCCGCCUGGCUGAUAACCGGUGGCACACUCUGGUUGUGACCAUUAGCGAUGGGCAAGUCAGGCUCACCGUGGACUGCGGCUUGCCACGGGAAUUCCAUUUCUCCAAGCCCUUCCCCUCAGACCUCAACUUCCAGGGUUCCAGAGUCCACAUUGGCAGUCGAGGCAGAUGGAAAGGCUUGUUUUCAGGCCUUUUGCGACAGUUGGUUCUGGUUCCGGGAUCAGAUGCCACCCGUCAGAUAUGCCCGUCUUCCCAUCCUCAACUGGCAGCUCUGUCUGUGCCGGUGAUGCUCCGGUCAGAUGUCAACGCCACUCGGAGGGAGCCUGGUGGUCACAUGACUCCCACUGGUACAGUCUAUACAUCGGUUUUAUUACGAUGCGCCCUCAACUUAUGUCUCUUAAAUCCUUGUCAACUCCCAGAAACCGAGGCCAGGGUGUCUGUGGGCUUGCAGCAGCCAUGCUCCGAGCUGCUUCAAGGCCAAAUGUGGUUUAGUUCGCUCGAGAAAAGUCUCUACGUUUGUGAUGGUACUUCGUGGAUCGUCAUGCUCGAGGCUCCUAAACGACUGGACUACGUUGUGGAACACCAGGUUCUCGCCACCAGCUCAGAGACACACGACAUAGAGGUAUUCCAGGUACCAGGCGUGGGCCUGAUGGCUGCCAUGGCUCACCGCUCCACAGCCUUUGGUUCCGCCGUGUACCAGUGGACGCAACAGAAAGGUUUCCAGCUGUAUCAGAACAUCAGCACCUAUGGAGCGUUGGCAUGGAGACAUUUCAACAUGGGCAAGAAGAUCUUUCUGGUGGUGUCCAACUCCGGGGCAGGCAACGACAUUAGCAGAGAAUCAGACAGCCCAGACGUUUCUGUUAUUUACAAGUGGAACAGAAGAAAAAAACUAUUCGUGCAGUUCCAGACCCUGCAGACCAACUGCGCACGGGACUGGGAGGCCUUUAAAAUCCAUCGACAAACAUACCUGGCAGUAGCCAAUCACAGAAUUGGUGAUAACAACCACACCAUAGACAGCGUGGUGUACAAGUGGAACAGGCCCACCAAGUCCUUCGAGGUUCAUCAGAAGCUGAGGACCUCAGGGGCCUACGACUGGGAGUUCUUUAUCGUUGGACCGUACCAUUUCCUGGUGGUGGCAAAUGCUUUCGAUGGAGUGACCACGUCUGUGGACUCCGUCAUCUACGUUUGGGUCGAUGGACACUUUCAGGUCUUCCAGACCAUUAAGACUUUCUGUGCCACCGACUGGGAGAUGUUCCAGAUCGGGAGAAGAGUUUUCCUGGUGGUUGCCAAUGGAAACAGGCUCCACAGUAACGGGCCCAGCGAGUACGCCAUCAACUCCACCGUAUACGAGCUGGACGUGAACGAGCGACUGUUUGUCCGCUUCCAGGAUAUUGUCACCUACAGCGCCGUGGACUGGGAGUUCUUCAGCCUCGGGGAGGAAUAUUUUCUGGUGGUUGCUAAUUCCUUCAACGGAGAGUCGUACUCUCUCAACAGCGUUCUUUACAGGUGGCAAGGUUACGAAGGCUUUGUCCCCGCCCAUUGGCUCCCAACCAUCGGCUGCAGUGACUGGGAGUUUUUCACCGCCGACGGAGAGUCUUAUCUGAUCUACUCCAGCGCCAAAGCGCCCCUCUCCAAAGUGUUCAGGCUGAAAAUGUACUAAGCUCCCGACCAUAUUUAUGCGUGUGUAUGCACGUCCCUCUCCCUAUAAAUAAGGCAGGGCAUGCAGCAUUCAUGUGUGUGUACGUGUGUAUGAGAGAGUUCCGGAAAAAAGUGUGGCGGUGUCAAGAGUGUAAAUGAGUUUCAAUACACCAAAAAUGUAAAUUAUUAAAAUAAGCUACUCUUAUUUUCUUUGCCAAAGAGAGCGCUGUUUUGCACACUAUCUGUUCAAAUCAGAUGUAUUUACAUUUACAUUAUUCCUAGCCCACCAUUGGUGGUAAUUGGCUGAACCCCACUCCUGGUGCAGGUUUAAUGAAAUGUACAGUAUGUAAGAGAGCAAAAAAAAUUACAAAAUAUUAUACACAUUCCUACAUACAAAUGGAUAUAUGAGCUUAUAGACCAGACCUGGGCAAAUUAAGGCCCGGGGGCCACAUGCGGCCCGUUAAGCUUUUCAAUCUGGCCCGCCGGACAUUCCCAAAUAAUUAUUUUCGAUCUUUAAGAUGGAAAGUGUAAGACCGUCUAUCAAGUAUUUCAAUGGUUGGAAUCUGCAAUUUUGCAUGAUAUACUAGUUACUAUGGUAAUGUAAUUAGUUACUAUGGUAAUCUAACUAGUAACUGAGUGUUUCCAGAGCGGCCGGCCUGAAAUGUGGGUCUCAGGGACACACACGGAAGGAGAUUUUUACAACAAAGUUCUAAAGCUUAGUGAUGUAUCAGAUAUAUUAGAUCUGGGGUGUCCAAACUUUUUCCACUGAGGGCCGCACACUGACAAAUCAAAGCAAGCGGGGGCCAUUUUGAUAUUUUUUUAUUUUAAAAACCAAUACAAUAUAUGUAUAACAAAUAUACAUCCAGGCCUCCACUCAGGCUUGAUCCCGGGGACCCCAAAGGGUUUUGGUCAAAAAAAUAUAAAAAAUGUGUCAUUAUUCAGUAUUAUUAUUUUUAUUAUUAUUCAAGUUUUAAAUUUCUAGAUCAACAUUAGGUCUAUUUGUCAAUAUAAUGUUUUUAAAGAUUUAAGUUGUAUGCUCUUUUUGUCAAAGAAAACUCUUGUUUUUUUAUGGAAAAAAUACAAAAUAUGCAAUAUUUUCCCCCAAUAAUUUUUUUAAGUGGAAUAUUUGAGACUAUAUAAUAAUUUGAGCCUUAAAAAGGUCAAUAACUCAUAACACUAUUGAUUUUAAUUCAUUAUUAUUUUUUGAGCAAUGACACUUAAAAACAAAUCACACUAAAAUUAUUGGGGAUCCAAAAGGGUCCUACUCAUUAAAGUGUUAAAAAAAUAAAUUAUACAUUUUUUUUACUAGAAAGAAACAGCCUGCAUGGCAGCUUUGUGUUGUUAGAGUAAACAUUGCAACAUUUUCUUGUUACAUUUCACCUGUUUGCUCUUUUAUACCACUUUUUACGUUUAAAACAUUUUUCAAUCGUAUUUUUAAAAUGUGCCGUGGGGCCGUUAAAAAAUGACCUGCGGGCCUCAAAUGGCCCCUGGGCCGCACUUUGGACACCCCUGUAUUAGAUUGUAGGUGGAUUUAUUUUUGUUUUUUCGUGUUCAUAUUUCGCUAUGUUUGUUGCGUUUCGCUUGAUUGUAAAAUAUGUGGAUGGAGAGGGGGUGUGACGUUCAUAUGUUGUCAAUUUUCAGUGUUUUAUCCUUCAUAGUUAAUAUUGUAAAUCCCACAUUCUUUAUUUUCAUGUACAUUCUGGGUGUCUCAUUCAGUAAAAAAAAAUGUAAAAUUCCAUUCCGUUCUUUAAGGUGUUCUGUCAUAACGUUUUUAGCAUUCAAUCAGACAUUAUUGUGAGGUUUUGUAUUAGUGUUCCUAAAAAUAAGAUAUACCGGCCCCCAGACACAUUUUUUUCUCCAAAUUUGGCCCCCCGAGUCAAAAUAAUUGCCCAGGCCUGUUAUAGAAUAUUCCGUUUACAUAAUAUCAACUUGACAAAUGGUUCCACAAUUGCACACAUAAGUCCCGAUAUUAUUAACUAUGUAUAUAUAAUAUCUCACCUGUCCCAAAUGUUGGUAUUUGUGUUGUAUUGAUCCACUGUGUGAUGCUGCUGCACUUUUUUUUUUUUUUUUUUUUUA